AUGUUGCAAGAAAAAGAAGAACGAAAAGUGGAUGACGCUAUCCAUGACCUUCAUGUAUUGUAUAUGAAAUAUUUUUCAUUGGUUGAUCCAUGGCAACCAUCAUUAAAUCGUACAAAUCAACGAACUCAGUUACUUCAACGUAUGGCAACUGCUGUUGAUGAAAUUUUGAAUGCUAACAAAAGGCCAAAUUGGUUACAUCCAGCAAUGUUUCAUGGACCAUUAACAUCAGCAAUUUGUUCUUUGCCACCAAUUCCUGACAGCAAUGCGAUAUUAAUGCCACCAAUAGUUGACCCACGUGAAGUAUAUUGGUCAAAAUUUAGCAUUUGCAAUCAUUCUCGUCCUUUGGAACAGAAACCAUUUAUUGUUUCAUUACAGUAUUAUUCACCACAUUCAUUGCAAAAGUUACCAAAUAAUUUUAACUUCUCAUCGUCAUCCUCUACCUCUCCUCUAAUCAGUGAUUCAUUAACAAUUUCUGUCAAAAAGAACGCUUUACCACGUGUAGGCGCUCUACCGAAUGAUAAAUUCCGUGAUGCGAAACAAAUUGAAAUUGAACUAUUUGUUGGGAAAAUUUUACGCGCACGUGGCUUACAAUUUAAUCGUACCAAUGAUGAAAGCAUACCAAAGAAAUACCUUUAUCAAUUACCAUCAACUAAUCCAACUUAUGAAUGA